AUGCGACUGUUUGACGAACUCAGGUUUAUCCAUGGCAAUGCUGACCAGUUGGGGUGGGGUCCCACGUUUCUUGGCAACCAGCUUCAGCAAGUGGGUCUUGGCUUUUAUGGUAUUGAAUACCCUGGCUAUGGCCUUGCUCAACCUGGUUCUCCAACCGAAGAAUCUAUCUACGCCUCAGCCGAAGCCAUGCUGGAUCAUCUCACGGCCAACUUGAAGGUCGAUAAAUCUAUGUUGGUGAUGGUCGGGCAAUCCAUUGGUUGUGGAGCAGCAGUUGAAAUGGUCCGACGUGGAUAUGGCCAAAAACUCGUUUUGCUGAGUCCUUUCACCAGUUUGCUGGCUUUGUCACAGAGGAUCUAUCCGAUGUUCAGUCCGGCGUUGAAGCUGUUUCCUUUUCUACUGAAGGAUAAAUUUGACAACCUGGCCAAAGCGAAGCAACUUAAUAGCAAAACUCUAGUGAUACAUGGAAACACAGAUGAGAUUGUGCCCUACGACAUGGGCCGUGAACUUGCCAAAGAAAUUCCUGGAGCGAUCUUCCAGACUGCCAAAGGCCUUGGACACAACGAUCUCUUGGACAGCGCUGAAGUGCUCUCAUUGAUUGCAAGAUUUGCUUGUGAAGCUGACGACAAUGCGAGUGCAGAUUCCAGCGGAAAAAAGAACACACAGCGCAGCCGCCCAAGUGUCGACCACAGAAAGCAAAGCAUUGCAGCUGCAACGUGCUUGUGUUUUGCGUAUUCGUUUUAA